AUGCAGGAGGAUUUUCCGCAUAAAAAUCAUGUGGCAGGAAAGGUAGAGAAGGCUGUGAAUGAACUCGUGCAAUUCUUGGAUACGUUCUAUACAGAUGUUGAAGGGUGGCUAGAACUCGCAGACAUCUAUGUGUCGUGUAACCAGUAUGUGCUCUCACAUGUUCUGCUCCUAACGCCCCAGAACCCCUUCUAUGUUCUCCAAGCCACUGAAACAGCCUACACCUCUGAAGACUUUUCCCUUGCCAUCAAGAUGUUCCUCACCGUCGUCGACAUGACCAACACUGAUGAUUCAGAACAACUCUUGCAAGAAUCCACACCACUCGGGAUCACUGUGCGAGCAUGGUUUGGCAUGAAACUUUGUACUCACUGGUUAGCACAAAAUGCGAACCUGAAGUCUUUAUUGAAUACUAGUCCACUGAAGAACAUGGAGUUACUAGAUGAGCUGGCCAUGGAGCAUCUUCAAGUUGCGUACUCAAGUUUGGGUCAGAAGGGUGAGAUUACAAAAGGAAGACAGGAGGUUUUUGCUUGGGUCACAACUCCCCUUGCAUAG